CCCCACAAUAGGUCUCCACUCGGGUCACCCACUACCUCUCGGGAAAGAGCCCUUUCGGAUUCCCGGAGGUCACCACCACGAAUGAAAUUGGCAGCCAAUACCAAUAACCGCACCGAGAUAGUUCGCUCUCUCUUUGAGACACCGAUCCCAGUACCGAACCUCCUUCAGACACUUGGCAGAAGCCUCUCUUCGAUAUCAGCGAGCGAACCAACCCCCCCUUUGACCCCAGCUGCCGCCGGUAGUCCUACGGGCGAGGGGUUCUUCCACCUCGGUGCUUCCGAGAAUGCGCUCUUCGGCUCUACUAGUGAGCCGGUUCUUCCCCGGAAGCCCUACCAACCGAAACCAUCAACGGGAACCCUGCCACUGGGUUCUACAGAAAAUAUUAUCGCUUCAAACGCGCAGGGUCUCGAGGAUAGCUACUUUCCUCUUCCCACCACCUACAAGCGUGAGAAGCGCCGGUCAUCAGCAUCCGAGCGUAGUAGUUCAGUUAUGGAUGAGCCUUGGCGUAUCAAAAGAACUGGUCUAGGAAAUGGUGGAUUAAAAAAUGCUGUCGAGGCUGCAAUUUCCUCGGGGGUUUUGGAGGACAAAACCUGGGUUGGAACAUUGGGAUUUCCAACAGAUGGCCUUGAGGAAUCGAUGAAAGUUGCGAUCGAGGGGCGUCUCCGCGAGGAUUACGAUUCACUUGUAGCUUUUCCUAAAGAUAAGGAUUUCGAUAGCCACUAUAAGCAUUAUUGCAAGGAGGUUUUGUGGCCUGUUUUCCACUAUCAAAUCCCGGACCAUCCAAAGAGCAAGGCCUUUUUGGAUCACUCAUGGAAGUAUUUUGAGGCGGUCAAUCGUUGCGUUGCUGACGUCAUCAUUAAGGAUUACAAGCGUGGUGAUACCGUUUGGGUUCACGACUAUCACUUACUCUUAGUCCCUAAGAUGGUCAGAGGAGUCCUCGGUCCAGAGGCUAAGAUCGGAUUCUUUCUCCACGUGGCAUUCCCAUCCUCAGAAAUCUUCCGAUGCUUGGCACAUCGCCAACAGUUGCUGGAGGGAAUGUUGGGAGCUUCAUUGAUUGGAUUUCAGACGGAGGAGUACACACGCCACUUUUUGCAGACUUGCAGCAGACUGCUAUGUGUCGAGGCCAAAAAUGAUGGGUUGGAGCUUGAUGACAGGUUUGUCAAUGUUAUUAGCUUGCCGAUUGGCGUAAACCCCGCCCAACUGGAGGAGAAGAGGAAAGAAGAAAGAGUUCAAGAGUGGCUAGAUACCCUCAAAACAAGAUAUGCUGGAAAGAAGCUAUUAGUCGCCCGAGACAAGUUGGAUGGUGUGCGAGGUGUCAGGCAGAAAAUGCUGGCAUUUGAGCUUUUCCUAAAGAAGCAUCCCGAAUGGGUCGGGAAGGUCAUUUUGAUACAAGUCGCUCUCACCACAACUUCCAUAGUUGAGUUGCAAUCGACCGUUAUCGACAUUGUAACUCGCAUCAAUUGCGCGCAUUCUACUUUGGAUUACCAGCCAGUUGUAUACCUUCACCAAGACAUCAGCUAUCAUCAGUAUCUCGCACUCCUUACUAUCGCCGAUGCUCUUGUCGUGACCAGCCUUCGCGAUGGUAUGAACUUGACAAGUCACGAGUUUGUUUGCUGUCAGGGUGAGAAGCAUGCUCCUCUUAUUCUCAGCGAAUUCACCGGGAGUGCUUCCGUGUUUGAUGGCGCCGAGAUAUCUGUGAACCCCUGGGACCAUAGCAAAUGUGCCGACGCACUUUACCAAGCUCUUACAAUGUCGGAAGAAGAGAAGAGCGAGCGAUGGAAGAAGCUGCACAAGAUUGUUAUGCACCACAAUGCAUCAUAUUGGUGCAAGACAUUCAUAAAUGAGCUUGAUCGUUCUUGGGAGGAGCAGCAGCGACGUGGUUCAACUAUGAUCCCGAGAUUAUCGACAAAGGCUCUUGUGGAGGUGUACGAAAAAUCCGAGAAGAGAGUCUUCUUUUUGGAUUAUGAAGGGACAUUAGCUUCGUGGGGUUCCCCUACAAGUAUCAUUCUCACAAGUCCUCAACGCACUCUAGAGGUUCUGCACGACUUACUUCUUGAUGAGCGAAAUGUGGUGUACGUGAUGAGUUCCAGGACCCCUGAGGAACUUGAGCGUCUCUUCCACCGAGUUCCAGGAAUUGGACUCAUUGCCGAGAGUGGCUGCUUUAUACGCAUGUUCCAAAACGACCGUUGGAUGCGCUUAGCGGAUACUAAGCUCCCGUGGCAGGAGAGUGUGAAAGAGAUUAUGGAUUACUACGUAGAAAGGACACCUGGUACUUUCGUUGAAGAACGGAAUUGCUCCUACAUAUGGCAUUACAGUAGGGCAGAAGAUCAGGUGCUCGCUGCACGGCAAGCUGGCGAAUGCUGCAAUCAUAUAAACGACUCAUGUGAAAGCUAUAAUGUUCAUGCAGUUCCCCUAGGUGGAGCAGUCCUUGUGGAAUCUAUGAGCUGGACUAAGACCACUGCAGCACAAAAGGUCAUGGCUUUGGAAGCCGACCAAGACGAGCCCGGGACAGACUUCCUGAUGGUUGUGGGAGACGGCCGCGAUGACGAACCAGUCUUUGCUUGGGCGAAUGAAUUGGGCCGGAAUAAGGCGAUUAAGAACGUAACGACUGUUAAAGUGGGAACCAAGAAUUCUCAGGCAAAUACAACUAUCACUGGAGUUGCGGGUGUGCUCACGGCCUUGCAGAAGCUCCCUGCUACUAUUCUCGAUUUCUAA